AUGACAUCUUUUUGGGAAUAUCUGAUAAAACUUGUAGAAUAUGGUAAAAUAUCAAACUGUAGAGAUUAUUUAGGUACUGAAUUAACUGAUGUAUGUAAUUUAGAAUUCAUUUGCAAAAAUGGUUCCAAGGAAACAAGAAACAUUUACAAAUUCCUUCAAAAACUUAAAAUACAAGAGGCAGCACAUCAUAAUAAAGAGCAAAAGGUUGUUAAUGUUGUUCAAAACUUUAAAGUUGGUAGAAAACAUAUCAUUUCACCUAUGAAGAAAACUGUCUUAAUCUCAGGGUUUGGUUCAAUUGGCGGUACUAUUAGAUAUAGAUUAAAUAGAGUAUUUGACAUGAAAGUUCAAUAUCAUAAAAGGUCAGGUCUAAUCCCAAUAGAAAAAUUAAGGUAUGACGCUAAAUAUUUACCAAAUUUAGAAGAUCCUCACACAUGGAAUCAGGCGGAUUUAAUUGUGUUAGCUCUGCCAGGUAGUGACUCAACUAACAAUAUGAUUAAUGAUCAUACUUUAUCUAUGUGUAAGGAUGGUGUAAGACUUGUCAAUAUUGGCCGCGGCAAUUCUAUUGAUGAAGAUGCAUUGUUAAAAGCACUUGAUAGUGGAAAAGUGGCAGGUUGUGGUUUAGAUGUAUUCAAAUAUGAAGCAAUGGAUACUAUAAAGAAAGAACUAUUACAAAGAUGGGAUGUCACGGCGUUACCACAUAUGGGAAGUGCCGUUACUGAGAUGAUGUCAUUACAAACUUUAGUCACUCUUCAAAAUGUUGAGGACAUUUUUGUUAAGAAUAGUAAGGGUGUAUACCCUGCUGGGUAA